AUGCUCACCAGAUUCGCUCUCCGACCAGCCACCUACGAAGCCCGCUCCAGCUACAUCCAGUUCCUCCCAGCAAAACUCGCGAGACAAAAUCUUCAAACCUUCCUGCCCAGCAAGCUGUACACACGACCCUCCGCAUAUCCUAGAUCACUACUCACCUCUCAAACCUCGUCGUUUUCUACCUCCUCCCAAAUCAUGGCCUCCGACGACGCCUACGCAUCCUUCUUGGACAAAGCCAACGCGGAUCUAGACGCCGGCCGCGCCCCGCAGCAAGGGGCGUCAAGCUCCCAUGCCCAGACAAAGAUCGUGGACAGCUCGCUGAAGCUCCCCAGUUCCCUGCAGUCGAUCGAGGAAUACUACGUGUCAGACACAGACGAGCCAUUCGAGCCUGUCGCCCUGCGCUGGGAGGGUGCUAAGCAGGGCAAGUGGCCUAGUGCAGAUGAUUUGUCCUCUUUGAUUGCCCCCGGUUCCGGCCUGUCGGGCUCCAUCUCCACCCUUUCCGCUGCGGAAUUCGACCCCAAGAAGUCCUACUCUGCGGUCUUGUCUGCUGUUCGUGCGGCUGUGGCGGAGAGCUCGAAGGCGGAUCCGGAGUCUGUAGACAUCAAGGUCUAUCGGGUGGAGUUGACCAGCACGAAGCUUGAGUACUUUGUGCUGGCGCUGGAUAGUGAAGAGAGGAGGACGUAUUGUUGGCCUGCGGGCCAAGGCUGUCGAAUCAUAGAUUUGACGUAG